AUGGAUUUUUCUUUGAAACCGGACUAUUCUAUGCAUGGAUCGGAUGUAGAUCGAAUUAAAAAGUUAGAGAAAAAGGUGUUCAAAUUAUCGCUUGGACUGCUGGCUGUUAGUGCUUUUUCUUUCGGAUCCGUCAUUUACAUCACAUUUCUCUUGAUCUAUUCAGUUACCCUCCGAAAUCAACUCCAAGCCCCGGCCUUAUUGCUCGCCCCUGUUGCCUUUCUUGAGAGUACAACCAAACUUCCAAAAACUGAGGGGAAAUGCGAGAGCGGAUGGAGCUAUCUCUCUGAUACGGAUACUGGAUUUUGCUAUAAGGCUUGGCCUCAAAAAAGAAUCACUCAAAGCUUGGCGAAAAGAUUUUGCCAAAAUCAGCAAGCGAAUCUCGUUUCGAUCAGAUCUUUUGUUGAAGAUCAGUUUGUUUUGGAAUUGGCCUCAGAAAAUCAAGAAAUUACAAGAAUAUGGAUUGGAAUUGCGUGGAAUGAACUGAUGAGUCUUCGUCGAUGGGAAGAUGGCACUAUUGAGAAUGUUUAUGAUAACGGGGUUGUGAGCCCAGGGAAUUUGACAAAAGAUCCGACAUUUAGUAAAGAUUGGAAACACCCGUUUGGAGCCAAAUGUAUCCGAUGCGAACAAUCUGGGUCAGAAGGAGUCUGGUACUUCUUGGAGAAUGAGAAACCAACCGAUCCACAACUUGUACCCGAUGGAUUUGUCUGCAAAAAGAGACGAUCCUACUUUCAAAACCAAAGCCCCUUGCCAAAUUCGGAAAACAAAUGCGAUUCACAUUGGGUAUUCUUUCAAGGAACGAAUUUCUGUUACCAUUUACAAAAUUUCACUAGCAAUAAUGUCGUUGACUCAAAACUGUUCACAAUGAUGGAAUCUGAGAAUAAUUGUCAAUUGAUGGGCGGUCAUCUUGUCUCAAUUCACAACAAUGAUGAACGGGAAUUCGUCAAAAACCUGCUGAUCACCAAUCUCAAGCCAUUUCUUCUGUUAUCUGACUCGGAUUUUGGGUGUUCAAAUAUGCACAGCGCUUGGAUUGGACUACGCCAAGUGAAUGGGACAAGAAAG